AUGACGAAGACGGAGAAAGAGCUGAUCUGUCUUCCUUCUCCUCAGACUGUCAGCAAGUACAACUCUCAGUACCACAAGCUGUUCCAGACCGUUCCUAAAGAGGAGAUCCUGAUGAAAGUGUAUUCGUGUGCGUUGUUGAGAGACAUCCUGCUGCAAGGCCGACUCUACAUCUCCAGGAACUGGCUGUGUUUCUACGCCAACCUGUUUGGGAAAGACAUCAAGGUUCUGAUUCCCGUGGUGUCGGUUCGACUGGUGAAGAAACACAAGACGGCCGGCCUGGUGCCAAACGGCCUGGCUAUCACCAUGGAUACGGCACAGAAGUACGUGUUUGUGUCCCUGCUGUCCAGAGACAGCGUCUACGACGUCCUCCGGAGGAUCUGCACUCACCUGCAGGUGAACGGGAAGAGUCUGAGUCUGAAGCAGUACCUGGAGGAGCCCAGCUCUCUCUCCAUGGACGAGUUUCCGGAGGUGCUGAAGUGGAGGAGGAAGCCGUCGCUCCCUGCCGUCUCCUCCUCGCUCCCGGACCUGCUGGGAAACUCCUCCCCCGACCUGGUCGCAGACACGCCUUUCAGCACGCACACGCUCACAGACAGCAGUUUGGAAACAGAGAAGAUCCUGCUGACAGAACCAGUACCUGAACUGGGUCAAAUGGAGUACCAGCUGCUUAAACUCUUCAUCCUGCUCGUCUUCCUGCUGGUCCUGUCGUCGUGCUAUCUGGCGUUCAGAGUUUGUCGUCUGGAGCAACAGCUGAGCUUCCUGAGCAGCCAGCCGACGCUCAGAGAAAGGUGUGGAGAGGUGCCCUGCUGGCUAGCCAAUCAGAGGACAGGAACCUGACACCGAAAGCCAAUCAGGGAGAAAAGGAACUGAAACUUGCACUUACAUAGACUUCCCCUCAGGGGGGCGACGGUGAGUCGGCUCUCAGGACGAGGAGCAGCUGAACUCUGACCCCGCCGCGACCUGGUUACCAUAGAGACGUCACAAUAGUCAACAGACACUGUAGGCUGACCUUUGACCUCUGAGGACGGUCACGUAGAGGCCGGGAGGGACGGCGACAUGCUGUAACAUAACAGAUUAUUAAUGUGAAGGGGUGUAGGGGUGUGUGUGUGUGUGUGUGUGUGUGUCAGCAGUCAGAGUUGGGAGAAGCUGCUGGUUCCUGAACUGUUUUUGCUCAUUCUGUGUUCACACCAGACUCCAUGUAAAUAAUCACUACUUUUAGCAUCGUAAAACACACUUCAUUCAAAGUGGACAGAAACUAAAUAAAACUCUCAAAAGCCGUCUUGG